CGGAGCUUAUCUCAGGUUUAAACAUUAAUUCCAGUCCUCUGGAAAGCCUGUCCCAGGACUGUCCUGUUCCAGACGCAGCUGCCAAUGUCAGGCAUCGGGGAAAUUUUGAAAACGGUUGGUGAGUUUGGGCCAUUUCAGAAAUGGCUGGUGCUGCUCACCCUGCUCCCCUGCCUCAGCGUCUCUUUCCACCAGUUUUGCCAACUUUUUAUGGUUCCAAACGUGCCGCAUCACUGCAACACCAGCUGGAUCCGUGCCAUCGGUCCCAACCUGACCGAGGAAGAGCAGCUGAACCUCACCCUGCCCCGCGAUGCGAACGGGGCGUACGAGCAGUGCUCCAUGUACUCACCGGUGGACUGGGACCUCGACUCCAUCAUGGCCUAUGGGCUGAAUGCCACGGAGAAGUGCAGCAGUGGCUGGGUGUACCCCUCAGCACAGCCACCGUCCCUGCUGACCGAGUUUGACCUGGUGUGUGACAAGAAGGACCUGAAUGACAUCUCCCAGUCCAUCUACAUGAUGGGGCUGUUCCUAGGAUCCAUUAUCUUUGGGCCAUUAAGUGACAGGAUCGGCCGCCGGCCAGUCAUUCUGUUCUCCAUCUUCCUUCAGGGCUUGUUUGGUGUAGGAAUUGCCUUUGUGCCCCAUUUCUAUGUGUACAUGGCCUUCAGAUGUGUCGUGGGGGCUUCGGUGUCAGGGAUCACCAUGACGAUACUGGCCUUAGCUACAGAAUGGAUCGGUGUCUCCUCCCGGCCAAAGGCAGUGCUUGUGUCUCACUGCUGUUUCGCCAUCGGACAGAUGAUUUUGGCUGGUUUGAGUUACGGAAUCCGCAACUGGAGGCUGCUGGAGAUUGCAGGAUCUGCUCCUAUAUUUGCCUUUUUCUUCUGCAUCCAGGUGCUCCCAGAAUCAGCUCGGUGGCUGGUGACACGAGGCAGAAUAGAAGAAGCCAAGAAGCUCCUUAAGAAGGCAGCAUCCAUCAACAAGCGCACCAUCCCAGCAGGACUCCUUGAGCAGCUGAAACCUGAGACACAGACCAAGUCUGGAAGUAUUCUGGAUCUCUUUCGGAAGAAGCAUCUCCUGAAGGUGACUUUAAUAAUGUCGUGUGCCUGGUUUGUGAACAGCCUUGUCUACUAUGGGCUGAGUCUGAAUGUGACAAAUUUUGGUCUGGACAUCUACCUGACACAGCUUGCCUUUGGAGCGGUGGAAAUCCCAGCCCGUCUUGGUUGUAUCUUCCUGCUACAGUGGUUUGGGAGGAAGAAAACCCAGGCUGUUCUCCUGGUGCUGAGUGGCCUGGUGUGUCUGAUCAUCAUUGGCAUCCCUGAAGACCAGCCCGUGGCAACCACAGUCUUGGCCACCAUUGGCAAGUUUACAGCCUCAGCCUCCUUCUCCACCUCCUACGUCUACACCGCAGAGCUCUUCCCCACAGUCGCCAGGCAAACCGGCGUGGGGCUGUGCUCGAUGUCAUCACGGGUGGCAGGGAUCUUGGCCCCCCUGAUCCGCCUCCUGGGCCAGUACCACCCGGCCAUCCCCAUGGCCAUCUACGGGAGUGCCCCCGUGCUGGGGGGGCUGCUCUGCAUCCUGCUGACCGAGACCCGCGGCAUGGAGCUGGUGGAUGACACAGGGGACAGCCACCCCAAAGCUGAGGUCCACAAAAAUGCCAACAGCAGUUCAGAAAAUGGACACAUGAAAGGAAAAGACGGUGGCCAAGACAAUGAGUACACAAAGACCACUUACUUCUAGCUGGACCUGCAAGCGGCUGUAGCUAAAGGCAACCGAGUGCUGUGACGGCACUGAGGACAGGCAGGGUCUCCAUUUGCAGGACACCACCACCUCUCAGGUGGUGAUUGCCAAUUCUUGCCUUUCCUUUUCCUUUUUUGCCUUCCUGUAUCUCCCUCUAUAGCUUGUCCUCAGGCACUGCAUGCUGUCUCUGUUGUUUAAGAGUGCUCUUGAUGGAAAAAAUCUGAUGCUUUUCGUUUAAGGAAACAAAGAAAGAAAGCAGAAAGCAGGUUGGAUGCAACGUUUUCUCCUCCUCUUUUCUGUCCCAUCUCCAGGAAUGUGAGACUGUAAACUUUGUGCGAGUGAGACACCUGCUAGAGCAUUGAAUAGACUUGCAAAGGAAGGCUGAGCUCAUUAAUACCAGAGCAGAUGCAGCACUGAAAGCAAUCUCACACUUGCAAGAAGGAGUGAUUUCUCUUGACUGUCUAGCAUGGUCUGCUCACCCUCUCUUAAAAACAUUCUUUUAAAUUUUUCCUUUAUUUUUUUUAAUAAAUUCGAGACACUCGACUGAGAAAAAGAAAAUGUGAUGGGAGAUACAGCAAGCCACAGUGAGCAAAGAUGUCUAAGAGGCAGCAGAAUUGUGGCCUUGGAUGAAAGCACGUCAUGGUGCUUCGUGCAUGGAAAACUGUGCUGUCGGGCUGAGGUGUAGGACCACAUUAAUUCCUUCCAGGAAACUGAGAGAUAUUGUGGCAGUCGGUCUCUUAGAAGAAAGCACAAAUCUUUCUGGGAACUAUCAUGUCCAUUCUGCUCUGUUCUAGUCUAUUAAUUCUCGCUGUAUCCAUUUCUAUCUUUAAGUGGUUUAGGACCACUUUUAUCUUAUAUUAUGAAGAAAAAAACAUGUGUUUUUCCUCUGCUUCCCCUCCUUUCAUCUGCUGUCCCUCAAGAUGACUUUCUUUUGCCACUGGCUUGGUACAGAUGAAACCCAAAAGUUACACAAUGCUGGUGUUCCAGCUUUGUGUGUAUACAGCUCGAAGGCUGUUUUCUGAUUGUGUCAAGAAGCUUUUAAAACAGACUUUUUUCUUCUCCCUCUUGUCAUACCUACAUGUUUUCCAUGAAUCAAAGUAUCCCAUGGAUGUGCAGCAUGAGGAAGGCAGAGUUUUGGAUAAAGUCAGUGACAUGGGACAAUGCCCCACCAGGAGGGGCUGCCUGUGGUGACAUUAUCUUAUCUCUGACAUUGCUUUUUUAAAUGAUUUGCUGUGGUGCUCCUGUUCAGUGGCCCUAAGUGUAGAGGACUUUGUCCUUUACCCAAGGUCACUCCUUCCUUUAUAAAGGCUGGUGGCUGCCUCAUUUGGGCUUCUAUGGAAAAUAAGGUGUUAAGGCUUAAGGCUGAGGGAAGAGCUUGGUGCAAAAUGCACAGUUAUUGUACGAACCACAGCUCUUUUUGGGAAUCCUGCUCUGAGACUCUUAGUUUGAGCUCAUUUUAUAAAUAAAGUUAUCCAAGCACAUCUGAUGUGCUUCUGCUUCCAUCUCAUUCAUGCCUCUAGUAGGCUGAAGAUCCAUUUCAUCUACUCUUCUCUAGAUCAUUGCACCUGGUUAGCUUGAAGACUCUGGGAUGGUCUUUUUGUCUGAAGAGCACUGGAAUAGUUUUCUGAGAAGGCUCAGGGGGGACCAUGUUUAUGCUGAUUAAUAUCUCAAGGGUGGGUGUCAAAAGGAUGGACCAGACUUUUUUCAGUGAUGCCCAAUGAGUGGGGAUGAGGGUCAACAGGCACAGACUGAAACACAGGAGGUUCCAUCUGAACAUGAGGAGAAACUUCUUUCCUUUGAGGUGCCAGAGCCUGGCCCAGGCUGCCCAGAGAGGUUGUGGAGUCUCCUUCUCUGGAGACAUUCAAACCCACCUGGACACCUUCCUGUGUGAUCUGCUCUGGUGACCCUGCUUGAGCAGGUGGGUUGGACUGGAUGAUCUCCAGAGGUCCCUUCCAUCCCCAACCACUCUGUGAUUCUGUAUGAUUCUGUGUGACUCGUGAUGUUUUGCCCAGCUCUGCAGAAAUGGGAGGAUGUCCGAUGGUUUUGCUGCUUUAAUGUCUCUGCUACCUGGUCUACAUAUGGUCUUACACUGUCAUAAACAAAGCUCACAGUACAGAGUCAAACCAAGUGUGGUGGAACAGCAUGUGAGAAUGCAAACAUGCCUCUGCCUGUGUACAAUGGGAUGUUCUGGGUUCUCAUCAUGAUAACACUACGAGCAAACAAUAGAACGUGCCUCAGGUGACCUGAAGGGAUAACUAGAGGAAAGAGAAUGACCCCAUAGCCAAGGGGAGGGAGCCAGAAGGCUGAAGAGAUGGUGAGGAUAAAAGGAGGUGCAAGGUUUAGCUGGGAAGAGCAGAUUCAAGACCUUGGCAGAGUGGCUUACUGAGCCAUGACUUGAAGGCCUGUUGUGGGAAGGUACUGAAGGUGGCAGUGGUGAGCAAAUGCCAGGGACACUGUGAAGGGUUUGCUAAGACAUAUUGAAUAAUGUUCAAGCCUUCUUCAGGUCCUCCUAUAUCAGACACAGGAGCAAGGUCCUGCUGCUGUGCUUAUGCCCUCAUUUACACCAGUUUGUGUUCAGGUCAGAACCUCUCAGCCUCUGUUGUCUCCUUGGAGGAGACCCAGGUUCAUGCAUUUGGACCUCCCUACUGCCAAGGAAAAUGGUUAGACGGCCAGAGGUAUCGAAGGCAUGGAGGGGCAGCAGAGCCUGACCUGGCUCUGUGGCCCAAAGUGAGGUGAGAUGUGGGGCAAAGCAUCUCCUGUUGCCAGAGUUGCCCCACAGGUUCCACUGGGGCAAUCACUGCAAUCAGUGACACCAACAAACUGGUCUGCAACCCUGGCUGUGGGACAGAGGUGUCAGGAUCCCAGACCUUGACCGCUGGCUAGAGGAUAUUGUUCUCUCCUUCCUUCUGACCCCAUGCUGGGGAGGCCCCAGGCCCAUGACCAGAGGAAAACCUGCAGAAAGGGAUCCAGCGAGGAAUGGCUGAGGAGGUGAGGAGAAUCACUAAAUCAUAGAAUCACUUCAGUUGAAAGAGACCCUCAAGAUCAUUGAGUCUAACUGUUAACCUAGCACUGGCACUAAACCAUGUCCCUAAGAACAUCUAUUACGUGUCUUUUAAACACCUUCAGGGAUGGUGAUUCAGAAGCAGCAUUAACGCUGCCAUCGCGACUCUAUGCAAUGAGUCAGUGCCAAAGCCCAGAUCUUGCAAAUGCCCUGCCCCACCUCCAGCCAUGGCCAGUUCCCAGGUGACACUUUGCAAUUCGAGGUGAAGUUGAGCACCAAAGCCGAAGCACAGAAUGAGCACCACCUCCAGGCAUGGCUGGCUUGGACUUGAGACACUCCAGCCUUCAAAACACUAUUUACUACAGCACAGAGCAAUUAGAAACAAAUGGAUGCUGCAAACCAGAGUGACCAACCUUCUUCUUGGACCACGAGCAAUGCUGUGGUUUGAGGAGGUGGCUUCAUGAAAGGGUGUCAAAUACAUUCUGUAUUUGCAAACAGGUAGAGCAAGAGAGGAGGACCCCCUGUCUUUUGUAUGAGCUGACAACAGCCGAUCAAGGUCACUGCUAAAGGCCGACCACGCUGUUGAACUGCAGCAUACACGGCACAAUUCAGGGAACUUGCACAGCUUCUCACAGGGAAAAUAAAUAUAGAUUGUUCAUCGGAAGACUUGGAAAAAAAAACAGU